CACUUGGGACUCAGACCUAGAGCAGCACACACAGAAACACAACCACCCACUGUAUUCAGAUUAGACUGAGAGAAGACAAAUAUCCUCUACAUCACACAGAAAGGAAGACAAAGGGCUGUCCAGUUUCACUCAGACCCACAGACAAACCAACGCCAACCGGAUCUAAGAUGGUGUCGGCUGGGCUACAGAUGCUGGGCACUGCCCUUGGGAUCAUAGGCUGGAUUGGGACCAUCAUUGUUUGUGCCAUGCCCAUGUGGAGGGUCACCGCCUUCAUCGGCAGUAACAUAGUCACCUCGCAGACCUCCUGGGAGGGUAUCUGGAUGAGCUGCGUGGUCCAGAGCACGGGCCAGAUGCAGUGUAAGGUCUACGACUCCAUGCUGGCCUUGAGUUCUGACCUACAGGCCGCCAGAGCUCUGACCAUCAUUGCCAUCCUCGCCGGCAUUAUUGCCAUUCUGCUGGCCGUAGCCGGGGGCAAGUGCACUAACUGUGUGGAUAACGAGGCGUCCAAGGCUAAAGUGGGUGUGGCAUCCGGGGUGGUGUUCAUCAUUGCCGGAGUUCUGUGCCUGAUCCCUGUCUGCUGGACGGCCCACAGCAUCAUCCAGGACUUCUACAACCCGCUCCUGGUAAGCGCUCAGAAGAGGGAAGAGAAAGUUAUGUCCUCCGCUGGUCUCCAGAUUCUGGGCAUCUUCCUGGCUAUUAUUGGUUGGCUAGGGGACAUUGUCAUCUGCGCGCUCCCCAUGUGGAAGGUGACGGCUUUCAUAGGCAACAACAUCAUGACUGCACAGACCUUCUGGGAAGGCCUGUGGAUGAACUGCGUGCAGCAGAGCACAGGCCAGAUGCAGUGUAAGGUUUACGACUCCUUGCUAGCUCUCCCCCCAUACCUCCAGGCUGCCAGAGCUCUGGUGAUCAUCUCCAUCCUUGUGGCCGUGAUCGGCAUCCUACUCUCCGUGGCCGGGGGGAAGUGUACCAACUGCAUUGAGGACGAGGAGGCCAAGUCUAAGGUGGCCAUCACAUCCGGCGUGUUCUUCCUAGUCGCUGGCGUCCUCUGCCUGAUCCCCGUGUCCUGGUGCGCCAACACUGUUAUCAGGGACUUCUACAACCCGCUGCUCACUGAUGUGCAGAGGAGAGAGCUGGGAGCUUCACUGUUCAUCGGCUGGGCCUCUGCUGGCCUAAUGCUCGUCGGGGGUGCGCUUCUCUGCUGCCAGUGCCCUCUGCGCGAAGCAAGGGGGUACUCUGCCAAAUAUUCCGCCCCCAAUGGAGGGGCCUACAUCUGACAAGAUGAACACUUGUUUUACAUGGCCGUGUUUGGUGCAGUACGAAUGAAUUAAGUUUUUCGAUUCACUUCAGUGCACAUGGACAUUUGUCAAAAGGCAAUUGUAAUCCAAUUUUGUAUCUACUGUUUUUA